UGCCCUGAACUUUACUUUAUUAAACGCCGUCCCCUCUUUCUGCCCUGAGCUUAAACGCUGUCCCUCUUUCUGCCCUGAGCCUAAACGCUGUUCCUCUUUCUGCCCUGAUCGUUACUUUGUUAAUGCCGGUCCUCCUCUUUUUAUUAAUAUACCAUUUUGGUAUUAUAUAGCCGCUAGUAUUACUUCUGUAUUGCAGUAUUGGCUUGAGAAUAUAAGAAUUAUUAGUAAUAAAUUUGCCGAAGAGCAGGCUCAUACGGAGCCUGCUGUAACAGUUGAAAUAGAUGUAUGUAAUAGCUUGCAAGCUAAUAAACAAACUAAUGAGGUCGCUGUGCAAGUUAGCAAUGAAACCCAUGAGAUUGGUGUUCAAGUAUCUGAUAAUAUGUUGCAUACUCUCGAAGCUCGUAUUAAUCUACUUCAAUUACAGUUAAAUUUGAAAAUAAAUGAGGUAGAAGACCUUAAAAAACAACUAGAAUAUGCGUACGAUUAUGUAAUAGAAAGUUGGGAUCAU